CAACAACAACAACUUCAUUUUCUUCUACCCUCCAGGAAGAGGUUUUACUGUCUUUACUGCGGGAAUGUCGUCUGCCAAGUGCGAUGAGAUUCUGGGUCGAAAUGCUGGACAUACGAUUGUGAAGGGGCCACUUUCGCCAUUUCGCCGGUCGGCAACCUUGUUGUUUUCUAAAUCUCCUACCACACCUCCUCCAGCCUACGAUCAAGUCGUGAAGAGAGGAGAUACAUUCGCAGCGUCGCAGGCUCGACCGCUGCAAUCCAAGUACUCACACAAAUUCACACCAAGUCUCGAUGCUCCUCCUGAAAGUUGGGAACCGCGAUCCCUCAAAAGUCACAAGAGCGAAAACUUCCUCAACUCCUACGCUUCCUCACCUCGUUAUCGAAGAGACAGCGCGGACCUAAACUCACACAUUUCGGACAAUGCUGCUCAACGUCUACCAUACGUUCCCGAGAAAGACGUUCCGCCUCCGCUGGUGAUUGAGAAAAAGAGCCUGUCGCUGCAAAAGUCGGAAAAACCAAACCCAUACGUCGUGGAGCUCGAGGCACCAAUGUGCAGCCCAAAGACACAAACUUUCGUGCCAAUCAGGAUACCAACCAAGAUUCACCCUGCAUUCAGAACUUCCGAAGAUGAUGCAAGCACAUCAAGCGCACCAAGCACACCAGAGAACGAUCAUCCACUUUUCAGAAUUCCAGAUUACCAGAAGCCACAAGUUGCAAAGCCACAGAUUGCAGAGCUAGAAGCUCCUAUCGACUUUGCACGAGACAAACGUAUUCACAUUCCAUCACGUUACUCUGUCGACUCGUCACCCUCACUGUACUCACCUCCUCUGAGUGCCCCACACGACAUACGAAACUAUCCAUUCCGCCUCUCCAUCGACUCUGCGCCCUCUGUCUACUCCGUACCAUCCACAUAUUCUCCGACAACACCUCAAUGGAUCCCGGAUGAUGAGAAGAUUGUCAUCAGCGAGCCAGAGCUCCAAGAUAGACAAGUUAAGACGAGGGAAGUUACAGUACCCGAGCAGAUCCCUUCACCAACACAACGCAUGGGAUUGCUGCAGCCACCACGAAAGCGAAAGGUCUACGAGGUGCGCUUCGUGGGAGAAUUCGCGACCAAUCAAAUGGAAAUUCUGAAGAACGGAAGAGUCGUCAAAUUCGUGCAGAUCAAGUGCAGCUUCUUCGGCACGCCAUUGGUCUUGGUUCAUGCUGGCAAUACGCACAAUGCACCGAUUGUUGCGGCUUGCAAGUUCAAGCAAAUUCGCUCUGGAUUUUAUGUUCGCGCCGGACCCAUGGACUCCACGCCUUACCAAAAGUGGCCACAAGUGAAAUGGAACAGCUGGAACGAGAAGGAUUACCUGUUUGAUUUUCAGCAUCGUCGACUGUGCUGGCGCAGUGCUGCCGACGGUAUCCUCGAUUGCACAAAUGCUGGGGACCACCAUCUCAUCGAUCUUGAUACUGGAGUAGUGCUGGCCGCCUAUCACAAAGAUCGAACAUGGUUCGCUUUCAAGCCCUUUGCAAAGAUCGAGUUCUAUGCCGGACUGGAAGAAGAGUUGGAAGUGUUGAGCUUGGCUAUCGUCAUGGGUAUUGAGGAGAGGAGGAAGCGUGCGAUUGAGGCGAACGCUGCUGGUAAUCGCGGAAGCUGAGCUGAUGAGGUGUAAUAGGCUACGGAUCAGGAUAUCUGUGGACUUGUGUGUGUACGUUAAAAGGCGGAGCUCUCUAUACCAGAUUGUUAUUCUCAUGUGGGUUGUCGUGGUCGG